AUGUUAGGUAGCGCCGAUCCAGUGAAUGUUAGUGUGGAUGAACACAUUGAAUGAAAGUCAGUGCAGCUGUGAGCAGCAGCAGCAGCAGAAACUGAGAAUAUCUGCAGUCUGUAAACUUAUCUGACUGUAUUUAGACACCUGCUGAGGCUGUUUCACUGGAGACACAUCCACGCACUGGGAAGAAGACGGGUUGGAGAUUUUUGUGGAAGGGGAAGGUAAGAAAAUGUGUGUGUAUGAAGGUUAGCAAAGGCUCUAUCUGAGAGACCAAGUAUUUCUGGUUAGACAGGUAGUUAGCCUGCUAAACCUAGCUCUUAAUUUCUCAUUAUCUGAUCUUAUUUGCCUCUUUAAUCUGGAGAUGCCACGUUGAUAAUAAACUGUACUUACAUAAGAUUAAAGCCGUAUUGUGAGUGAGUGUGAGCCGGUGUGUUAGCACUCAUGCUAACCUCAGAUAUCAUGUCACCCAGAGGAGCAGCAGCAGCAGCAGCUAGCUAACCCUCCUGUGGUUUGUGUUACAUUUGGAGAAGCUGCCACCGUACACCACAUUAUGAGUGUGUGUGAGUGAGUGCUGCAGGGUGACAGAUACCGACGCUGUCUGUGUGUCUGUGUCUGUGUCCAGGACCGGGCUGUGUGGGGCAAUGCAGCGGGUCACGGCGCAGCUCGUCGUCGGGUUGGUCGCAGCGGUUCUGUCGCUGCUGCUGCUGGCGGACCAGUGCUGUGCGGACAGCGGGGGCCCCAGCCUCUCCGAGCGGGUCAUCUGGGCUGUAAAUGCCGGAGGUGAAGCACAUGUAGACGUGCACGGUAUCCACUUUAAGAAGGACCCGCUGGAAGGGAAGGUUGGCAAAGGUGAGUCGGUGCUUUUUCCACUACAACAUGUUUCCUUAUUGUGACAGAAACCGUUUUUUUCAGUCUUCAGCUUCCGCAUGUAAUCAUAAACUUAAUGAGGAGUCAGCAUAAAGCCGCGCGCAGCUCCGCCCCCUCUCAGACAGUGGAGGAAGCAGGUGAUGAUCGGAUCGGAAUGACUGUAGGGAGUCAUUCACGCCGAUACUUAUGAUGAGGAUAAGAGUCUGUAAUUGCAAAGCUGGAGUGAGCUCAGUGCAGUAAGUUGCCGUUUGAGACAGAGGGGCUCUGUAUUGCAGUGAGUGCAGGAAAAGGUCAAGGCUUGUGUAAUGUGAAGUGUAGUAGGGGAGAGUGGGGUAAGAUGAGCCAUUUUUCAUAUAUCUGAUCCCUACAUUAAGUCAAUCAUAGUUUUGUCUCUAACUAGUGUAUCUGCAUAUAUUUCUCUGAACACAAUUCUAAUCAAACUUAUAUCAGACUAAAUUCACUCUCAAGAGUGAAAAAUGAUUUUUUUUUGUAAAUAAAUGUCUAACCUCUUCACCCAUAUGCUUCUAACCUUCACAGACUCAAUGAAUUGAUGAUCAUCUCCUAAAUAUUUGGUCACAUGAUCAAUUUGUUUUACCAUUUCCAAGCAACAGGGGGUGGCUCAACUUACCCCACUCUACCCUACAUAUAGGGUUCCAGCCACAGCACUAGCCACCAAACAUCUUUUUAGCUUUGCCUAAUUUCUUUAGCAAAGAGACUAAACACAGCUCACCCACUCUCUUCCAGAAGCCGCUUGUUUGUAGUGAGACCUCAGGCCUGUCCAUUACAGACUACAGCGGGGUGUCGCAGCUCAAGGAAGAAUAUUUAUGAUAAUUUCUUCAUGGAAAUACAAUAAGACCGAGACGCUAAGGCAGAAGAACUACCACGUCUGCAGUGAAAAAUGAUUAAUAUGAUGAUUAUUACUUCAAGGAGAUGAUAAAGAAAUUAGCGUAAAUGUUCUUCCUUGAGCUGGGUCCCCCCGCUGUAGUCCGUGAUGGACUGGUUCGAGGUCUCGCUACAAACAAGCGGCUGCUGGAAGAGAGUAGGUGAGUUAUGUUUCGUCUCUUUGCUAAAGAAAUGAGUCAAAGUUAAAAAGAUGUUUGGUGUCUAGUACUAUGGCUGGGACCCUAUAUGUCCUGUUGAUGAAGUUAGGUGCUGUUCUGAGCAUUAUUUGUGGCUAUAGAGUGGCGUUUUGGUUGAGGUUUGUUUAUGGCUCCUCAGACCACUGUGUAUUGCUAUCCUGCGGUCGUUACUAAAGUUGGUAAAACUAGAGAAGCAAGCGGUCGGCAACAUUCAUCUCUCAGGGGGUGUCUAACUCGACGUUACGGUGUGUUUGACUCUAAAUUAAUUUUACACCAGAAUAUCCCUUUAACACUUAUGCUGGUAUUAAUGUGAUGUGGUGAGUUAAGUGCACACUUAACCUGAUGCUGUUGUUUUUAUCCAGCGUCUGAUUAUGGCACACGGCUGCCAAUACUGCGCUCGAGUCCAGAGGACCAGAUCCUGUAUCAGACAGAGCGCUACAAUGAGGACACUUUUGGAUAUGACGUCCCCAUUCGAGAGGAGGGGGACUACAUCCUAGUCAUGAAGUACGCUGAGGUGUACUUUGCCCAGUCACAGCAAAAGGUAAAGCUGUAAAUCAAAUAGUCUUUUCGCUCGGGUGUGUUUAUGUCAUGAAGGGAACUUUUUCACAUGUGGAGGUGAAAUUUACGAUGUAUACCAGAAACAUUUGGCUCUCGCUGCAGAAAGUAAAGCUUGAGUUGAUUUUAAAACGGCGUCAUUGGGUAGUUUAUCCAACAUGACAUGAUAUUACUCCAUAACUGACAAUACUCACUGCAAAGUCUGCAGCCAUAGAGCAACAGCAUCACAGCUGAGGAGACAGUUGGCCGCAGUAGCCAUGGUAACAUUGAAUAAUAAUGUGACAUAUUUCAUGGGUAAAGUUCUUUUGUGGAGAGAGAAGUCUUCAGAGUCUUGAGAAAGGCUUUUUUGUUGCAUCCAAAAUGUUUUCUGCCAAAAAAAUGAUCCGAGAAACUCCAACACUGUGAAUCUUGACUAGACUAGAGGUCUAUUGUUGUCCUUUUGUCUCGUGUUUGUCCCGUACUCUCAGAGCUGUUUAACUAACUCGACAGAUUACAACAGGAGUAUAACCUCAGUGUAUGUAUUUUUUUUCUUCUGUUUGUUUUUCAAGGUGUUUGACGUCCGUCUAAACGGUCACGUGGUGGUGAAGGACCUGGAUAUCUUCGAACGAGUUGGCCACAGCACGGCCCACGAUGAGAUAGUCCCCUUUUCUAUCAGACGUGGCAAACUGAGCGUGCAGGGAGAGGUGUCGACUUUCAACGGCAAGCUCACGGUGGAAUUUGUAAAGGUGAGCUGUUUUCUUUUUUUUUUUUUUUCACCUUUUAAAUCUCUUGAAGUCAUUGUCAUCAGGGAGUGGCAGGUUUACUCUCAAAUUCUCCCAAAUUUCACCUGAAGGGAUUGGUGAUCAGGGGAGAUAAGAGUACGGUUCGUUUGUUUCUGAGUCGACUCAAACAGGAUUUGCCUUCAUCUGUUGACUUAUUCAAACACGGGACUGACAGGUAAACUCAGCCGCACAUUUCCAUAAUGAACGCCACGUCUGAGCGAGUUUGCUGACGGGCAGUGAGGUGAGGUGUUGGCCAUGCAAAUGUCUGACAUUAGUCCCUCAUCCGUCCGCCUUUCAUCGUCCUCUUUUGAUCGUUGCGUAGCGAGCGAUCGGUUUUGCUCUCAUCAGAGGAGCUCCAGUCAGUCUGUAAAUCCAUUUUCUGUCUCCUCCCUGCUGUGAACUGUUUCUGCUUGUUAGUCAUCACUCACCCUUGUUUCUGGAUUUAAUAGAUAUGAUUGCUUGUUGCUGUGAUUCAGACGAGUCUGUUGCCCGGCUCUAACUGAGAUAUCUUUGUGAGGAUAUUGAAUAAUCCUGUCAAUCCUUUCCUGGUGGGAUUUUUUACUCUCCAGUUAUACAUUUGGUCCUUCCUGCUGUAGGCGUUCAGCUGCACUAGUGUUAGAAAUUUUUGGUUCGAGUAUCUCCCCUCACAUUAUCCAACAUCCACUCUGUACUCCACAAACACUUCCUCCGACCUAGUGUGUGUUACACUUCCUUUUUUUUCCCUCCUUGCAAUCAAUACACUCCAAAGCGGUACUAUACGAGUAAAACGAUACAGCUGCACUUCUUUGACUAUUGGCAUGACUUUUAUGUGGGUGUAAUUUAAUCUUAAAGCUGCAAAAUUUGGCAAAAACACCCUUGACCGAGAUAAAUCCAAGACCUUUAACUCCAGUUGCCUCGAGUUUUUGUGAUUUAGCUGCAGGUCAUAAGGCUGGUUUGUGUUUUGUUGCCCUUUUCCUUCUGACUUAAUUAGUAUUCUCUUUUAAGCUCCAAAUGAAGGACCUCGUGCCCGUUGGCUCGAUCUGCGGGGCGACAUACUUCAAAAAAGUUUUCCCACAAUGACCUCUUUUUUUCUUUUGGGGUUUUCUCUAGAUCUCCGGUCCCAAAGUCGCUCUUUUUAUUCUCAGGACAAAGUGAAGAAAUCUGCCAAGUUCAGAUAUUUUAGUUUAAACAUGAAUCCACCUGCUGCACCGUGUGUUGGCUCCUUUAUUUCUUCUCACAGUUUUAUGAAUUCUGAAUAAAACGUGGGUGAAAGGCGUUUUUGGAUAAAUGUGUGAAAGGGUUGCCUUCCUGUUUUCUUCUUCUGUUGUCUGAGCUUUUUCAUUUACCUGAUGUGUGUUUUUUUUUUUUGUUGCAGGGUUAUUAUGACAACCCCAAGGUCUGCGCCCUCUAUGUAAUGAAGGGGACUUCAGAAGGUGAGCCCCUCCACCGCAAACAUACCCUUUGGCAUUAUGCAUGAAAACCCAGUUUAAUGAGUUGAUAAGAACAUCAUGUGAUCCAGACUCAUCUCUCUCUUUUUUGACUCGACAGAUGUUCCCAAACUUCAGCCCCACCCUGGCUUGGAAAAAGCAGAUGAUGGGGAGGAAGAAGAGGAGGAAACUGAGGAAACCGAGGAAGGCGGGAAGAAAAAGGUCCCUGCAGGUUCAAAGAACAGGGUCCAGUCCGGCCCGCGAACACCAAACCCGUACGCCGCCGACAACAGCAGCCUAAUGUUUCCCAUCUUAGUGGCAUUUGGGGUUUUCAUCCCCACGUUGUUCUGCCUCUGUCGGCUGUGAGCCACAACCAGUGACGGAGGAGACGUCAAAGUGACGUGAGUGACUAUGAAGAGAGAGAGACAGGGAGGGGGGAGGGGGUCAAGGUGACAAUAGCAGCACAGGUAGAAGCAUACACACAGAGGAGAGCUUGGAGAAAACCAUGACGAUGACGACGAUGGAGGACAAAAAGAGACAAUAACUUUCAGGAAGCAGCGAGGGGACGAAGCGAACGCUGCUGUCAUAUUCGGGGGGGAAAGGGAGGUGUAGGAAGUGUUCUCUGCGGCGCUUCUUUGUGAAUGUGUUUUACAUCCACCUCUGCCGACCCCUUUGAACAAUGUUAGUCAUUUCCACUCUGAGACGGGGCGGGGUUUACAGGUGCCAGUCGGUGCGGUUUCGAAACCAUAUUUCAGCAGCUAGGAGGAUGCUCAGGAGUGAUUUAGUCUGGGCCUGUUUUAUAAACUCAAAGCUUCGUUUGUACUCGGUGUUUUGCUGGAGGAGGAUGCACACGCUCUGUGACGCCCCUGCUCAGCAUCUGGUCAAAAAGGUUACCCUCAAAAUUGGAAAUGGUGCUGCUCUGACUGAUUCAGAGGGUUAGCGAGUUACAGUUUUCUUUGAAGAGGUUCACGUUUUCUCAACUCGUCGUCACGUUUUAUGUUCUAGUGAGUCCUUUUGUUAACGUGCCAUCGUUUAUUCGCCAUAAGUUUUUCGCAGACCUCACAAGUUCAGCUCCAGGGCUUUGAAAAGAGUCCUCAACAGGAGGAUUUCACUUUGGAAAUACAAGGUUACACUGCUGAACAUUCAGCGCUUUAUCUCAGCAGCCAUUUUUCACAAAACUGCAUUUAGUGAGAGGCAAAGUUGAUGCUGCGAGGCGCUUCAGCUCUCUGUGUUUCCUCCGACCUUUGCCUUUUCGAUUAAUUAUGCAUGCCUGCCUUUUUAUUUCGCCAAAGAACGUCUUUUUUUAUUUUGUCAGGAAAGGAAAGUUUAGUGGCCUGUUUUAAUUUUACAGAUACCUUAAAAAGCAAACAUGAUUUCGGUGUAUUUGGACCUACGCUGCCCUCCCGGGUCAGAAUUCGAUUCAUUUAAAGGUUCUGUGUUCACAAAGCUGUUCUAGUUUUUGUUUCACUUUAAUGUGGACUCUUUUAGUCCUCCGUGUGGUUUUAAACUUGGACAACGGGCCGCUUCAGCUCGGUAUCAGCGCCAGACAUCUUCAAAGUUUCUGCGACUGAAAAAUUCAUGUUUACUACGUUUAUUUUUGUCCCUUCGCCUUUUCGAAUCAGUUGUCUUAAAAGUUUACGAUGUGGACUGUACCGUUUCAGUGCAGUCGAGCCCCAUACCAGGGAGAAAAUUCGAUCAUUAAGCCUUUUUUUUUUCUCAUGGUGUUUGCCUUCUUCUUCUUUUUUUACAUAGAGUCUGCUUUGUGUGAUUAAGUCUCAGUCAGAUAUCAUUUUCGUCUCUCCUCUCAGACUGAAAAGCAGCUUUGUUCUUCAUGAUUACUAAAGUCGCGUCCCCGUGAACCCUCCUAUUUAUGUAUCUCGUUACCUCCCUCAAGUGCUUCGCUCAACUCCAAGACAGAUUUUGUAACUUUGCCUGUUUCACUAAUGCGUCUUAAGCGUCCCCUGACUCCCGCUCCCCUCACCAGUAUUGCUGUUACCCGUCGCAGUACUUGAAAACAAAAAAAGAAACGGUCAAUAAUUCAGGUGUUGUGGAUCCUUCCUCGCUCCUUGAUUGAAAAUGGGUGAUAAAGUUUGCGCCAGAAAAUAUUUGAUCAGUUUUAAAGGUUUGUUUUUUUUCUUUCCUUCUUUUAUUUUGAAAUUCAAAUCAUAUUUAAGACAUUUAAGCACCUUUUUUUUUUUCUUUCCUCUGAAAAAGAUGCAAAAAAUCGUUGAAUUCAGCACCAAAGUCACCGUGUUCUGUUCCUCUGUGAGCCUACACAGCUGCGUGUGUAUAUAAGGUACAAGAUCACACUUUUUUAUCGUGUGGCGACGGUUUCGUCCUCUUCACUCUUGAGUUGUAGCUGAGGUGUGUUUCUUUUCUGUUUUUUCAUUUUCUCCUGAGGAAGACUUUGUGGCCUUUCUUCUCGGGGGAGGAACGGUUGUUGGUACAGAGAAUAAAUAAAACAGGCGGUUAGAUGAACUGAACCGACUGCUGGAAACGUCAAAUAAAUGAGAUUAUAUCUGAAAAUGUGGGAUCUUCCAUUCUAUUAUAUAUAAUUUAAAUCAGAGAGGGGCUGAUCUGGAGAUAUUUUUAAUAACGCUUGGAUUUGUAUGUUUGAAAUUUUUUCCUCAGGAUCUGUUUUUUUGUUUUUUUUGAGUUUUUAAAACGUGAUAUUUUAUUGGUGUGACAUUUUGCACUGCCUCAUGUAUUUUAAAAAUCAUUUGUUUGUUUGUUUGUGUGUUUUGUCUUUUGUUGCCUUGAAAUUUUGAAUACAUUGUGCUUUACCAUCAUUCGCCUUGAGGUCGCUCUUCUGUUGAUUGGUAUCAGAUUAAGUCUCUUUUUCUUUUUCCUGCUCGGUCAGAGUCACUUUUUUUCUUGAUUUUCCGCUCCGCAGAUCUCGAUAGAAGUAAAGGACGUCUGUUGGUUUAAUUAUGAACACAUCUUCAGUCUGUUGUUACACUUUUCUGGGAACCAAGCCAGUCCAAAACAAAAUGCAGAGAGGAUGUUUACAUCGAGCUCUUGUUUCAGGCUCGAUCUUUGAGCUUACUGACGACCUCUUCUAUCAUCCAAACACCCUAAAGCUGGUUGAAACUGGAGCGGAAUGAAGAUCUGCUCUCGGGUUUUCUUUUUUAGUUUUCACGCGAGAACCAAAGAAUCGCCUCAACUCCACUUAAACUACUUCAACACAGCGUCCGAACAUGCUCAAGGCUCUUCUCCUGGUGAAGCUGUGAAUAUAAACCAGGGAGGAUUUCAAAAUGUCAUGUCUUGUCCUCAGAUUUGUUGUCACAUUAAAUUUUUUCUCUGUAAUUAAUUUACUGUACGUUUGUUGAAGACGGCCAUCGUCCCCUCUUGUCGCUCUUGUUUCAUUCUCAAAGAAACCGAACGUGCGAGAGGUGAAUUUAAACGGAGACAAAUUCGAACAGCGAAACAUCGUCAAGGCAGCAGACCACACACACACACACACAGACGCACACACACAGAGGUUGCAGAGUGUGAGUGUGUGCUUGAACACGAGUCCUACUGUAGAGAUAAUAAACGUGUUGGAGAUAGAAAUGCUUCUCUGAGGGCUGUAGGCGGCAGCAGGUGGACUGAAAAAGUAUCGGAGAGACCCCUGAUCUUACUCAGAUGUGGCAUAUAUCUGCAAAAAAAUGGGAAAUGCUGAUAAAUGCUGUCUCUUUUUAAUAAAUGUGCUAUUUUAUCAAAACCCUGUCGCUGUCCGGUGUUUUGUGCACGACUUUUGCAAACUGUGACGUGUUUAAAAAAUCUGUCUGGACAAACUUAAAGUCAAAGUUCAACAGGGUCACGGCAGCCGUUUGCUUGUCCAGGUGUCGUUUCUCUCACCAACUGUGAAAACCGCUUUAAAUAGGACCACAUAUCUCAGAGGUUUAGAGGUAUUUGGACCAGAAUAUCCAAAAGAGGAACAGCUGAGCAAAGUCCACUCAGAAACAGAAAUCCUUCGAGUCACAGCUGCUCACUGUUAGAUUGAGAUUUAAUCAUGAAGGAGAGAGUAUAUCAUAUUCACUAUUUACAUUCAGGGUUUAUAUAUUUAACAAGAAAUAACACGUAUAAAUUAAUAGACUUUACAUAGAAGUGCGUUGUAGGCUUUGAGAGACAUGUGAGUCCAGCGUCAGGUUGAUUUCACCUGAAGUACAGAGCGAUAAAAGGUGUGUGUGAGAGGUGAACGCCACCAGCUCUGCAGGACGCCGCUGAUCCGGCCUGACUGCAGCUGAGGACCAAACCCAGCUCCAAGAGAGGAGGCAGCGUGUUAGCGACCCCAUCCCCCCACACGUCUCCGUCAGAGUCCUUCAGAGCCCCCAGAGUAGCGGCCUUCUCUCCGGAUGGAUCCUCCCCGGGAGAGAAGACCGCUCGCCGCAUGUUCGCCAAGCUGGGAGUCCUCCUCGCACUACCUGCCGCCUCCUGCAGACUCUGGAAGAGGAGGAGCAGAUCCACCCUCAGCUCUACGGUGUCGCCCCAAGACCACAAGCUGUACCUGAAGAAGGAGGUUAGAGAGGAAUUAGAUUAGACCACCAUCUUUUUGUGUCUUUAACCGUUCUCGUCUGAGUCAAGAUCCAAUCAGGAGUCGAGUGUUUACCUUGUUGGAAGGCCCUGCUUCGCCAAAGAUGAGAUCACAGGAUGGAUUUCCAGAUGUUGUGGGUUGGAAAGUUGGAGAUGGAGCUCAGCUCUCGUUACUGCCAACGAUAAAUUGUCCCUGGUGAGGAGAAACUCCACAUCUGUAUCUGCAGAGGAGGAGGAGGAGGAGAGGAAAAGUUCGUCAGAGAGCUGUUUACGUCUCAAACACAGUGGCACAGACCCGGGAGUCGAGCUACAUUGUGAUAAAUCCCGGGGAUCAGAGUAAUAUCUCUGCCACAUAGGGGACGUCUUCACUCCUAAUACCUUGUUAAUCUGUCAGCAGGAUUUCUCUACGACACUCUGAAGAGACAUUAAGCCAGCUGAGGCCUAUUUGUAUGCAGAAAACACGGUCCUCUCUACAGCUGCAGGAAUCAGGCCCUAAAUGAAGAUCAGCAGCUUUCACUUUAACGUCUCAUGACACUCCUGCAGUGUCACCAUAACAAUACUGUGUGUUGUACUGUUCACUAUGGAUCAUCUCUUAACUUUUUAAUGCCUGAAACCUCAAAUUAAGGCCAGAAAAUAGAUUUUUUUGGAGCUGAAAAGUUUAUUUACUACAGAAAAAAAAACAAAAAAUCUAAAUGUCCUUAAAAUUGACAUUUGAUGUUUUUGGAAACUGAUAAACCACAAGAGGACGUUUUUUUUAUCAUUUAUUGGACUGUAUCCAGAUGUUUUUUUUUAGCAGUUUGUUGAUCAUAUUGAUUAGAUAGAACUUUAUAAAAGUAUCUAAUAUGAUACAAAAGGCAAUAAAGGGUUAAAGGACUCAUUUUAUACUAACAUUAGCAGCAUGCUCUCUGGAUGAGGUUUCUUGUUCAUCUCCUAAACUUUGGCUGAAUCUUUCCCAAAAACAGCUCCAUGUUGUCUUCAGCUGUUCUCCGAGUUCAUCCUAGUUAGUCAUGGAGGAACUUUAAGGGUUGUCCUGAUUUGGAGACACAUGCUCUCACAAGCUGCAUGAUUUCUCAGACUAUAAUCUCUGCAGCUCAUCAUGUGUCUUUACGAGUUUUACCUGCUGUUACUUCAGCAUAUUUUAGGUCCACUGUGUAAAACGUAACUUCAGUCAAAAGAGGACUUAAUGCUGAGCUUGAUCUCUUCAGUCUUACCUCCUCUCAGGCGCCCUUGUAUUCCUUUGACGCUCCUGCAGCUCGGUCCCUCCUGACAGCAGCGGUAAAUCCUCCGAACAAAGCCGAAAAGAUGCUUCCCGGGGAAAACCAGACCCCGAGAGGCUCCCGGAGAAAAGGGUCGAAGCCGGAGCUGCAGCACAGUCGGAUUAUCCUCCGGAGUUUGAUGCGUGUUUUCCAGCCAAGGGGCCGCGAGCUCCGCGCACUGCUCGUGUCUGUGCGCUCCACGCCUCCACCGCCUCGACGCGUCCGUGCGUAAAGUUGUUCCGGAUGACUCCUCUGCAGAUUUUGACAUAAAUCCAAGCGUGUCGACUGCACGACCGAGUACUCCACUGUCAUUUGUCAGAACAGACAGAACGACAACUAAAGCAAUCCAGAAACAGCGCGUGUACGCCAUGGUGAUCCUCGUCCGCUCCUCUGUGGUGCCAAAGUCUCCAAAUCUGCCUGCGGCGAGUUCUCCCUACCUGCUAUAUACCCCACUGACAAUGGGAACAUCUCACCACUUAGAAUUUGAAUCCUGACCCUCCUCACAGACCCUGCCCCUCUUUUUGUUCGCACCCUUAACCACCCAUUUGCCCCCCGCUGCUUUCUUUUAAUGCGCGUGCAUAAUGAGGCGCCCCGAAGAGCGCCGACCCCUUCUAUUCACAUUCACCCACUUAGCUAAUGACUCUAAUGACUCCAUAUUUGGAUCAUCAAGAACCAUCUUAUUUACAACACAUGCGCACAGAAAACAUUCCCACACACAUGAAUAAGAAGGUUUUCUUUUUUUUUAUGGUGAGCUCGUGUUUGGCCUUACAGAUAGGCUCGCGCAGACAAAGGCUCGAGGCCCGAGGUUGAAACAAUGGGGCCGGAUUGGAGGGUCACAUGCGGGCCGCUGAUGACCCGUGUAGAACAGAAGCUCACACACACACUGAAGUCAAAAGUGAGGGAUUGUGUAUUUGUUUAAUAUCUAAACACUACAGAGACAAUCAUCACAGUGCAUCUCUCCUCAGCUUAAACAAACACAAAUGAAGCUUUUAAAGAGGGUAAAAAGAAGAACAGUUCAAUAAUAAUAAUAAAAAAAACAAACAGUUGAUUUGAAAUAAAUAGACAUUUAAAAACAAACUACUUCAGAUCGAACAGAUGUGUGAAAAAACGACGUGAUUGUGUAAAGAUUCAGAGGUUUUAGUAAAUGUUUCCUAUGGAGUUAAUAAAAACAGGAGGAUGUGACAGAACAGACAGUAGGGGAGAGUGGGGUAAGAUGAGCCACCCCCUGUAAAAGAAAUUGAUCAUGUGACCAAAUAUUUAGGAGAUGGGCAUCAAUUCAUGGAGUCUGUGAAGGUUAGAAGCACACGGGUGAAGGGGUUAGACAUUUAUUUCAAUGUCAAUGUUAUUUUAGACCAAAAAAGAUCAUUUUAAAUUUGUUUUAUACAUCAACUGUGGAAUCUAUGAGCGACAACAUGAACCUAAAAGUCCACCGUUUUAUCUUAGAGGACUAAUAAAGUCAUCAUAGUAGUUCUGGGUAGUAGUUCUCACCCCAUACACGGGGUAAGUUGACCAUAGGAGACCCACUUUUUUCAGCAUGCUAUAUUAUCAAGAGAGUUCUGUUUACACUCAUUCUGUUGGUUUGCAGGGAUGAACAACAUGUUUAAAUAGAGACAAAACUAUGAUUGACUUAACAUAGUGAUACGAAAUAUGAAAAAUGGCUCAUCUUACCCCACUCUCCCCAAUAUAUAUGCAAAAAGUGAAAAGGUCACAAACUGCGUAAACAGAAGCUCAACACGGCCGGUUUGUGAUUCAUGAUACAAAAGUACGGAUAUUUAGAAAACUCUGCAUUCAAAGGAGCGAAAACCUCUCUGUAAACAUGAGCUAACAUUCCUACUAUCGUCGUACAAACUCAGAGUUAAUCUUACUAACUUACGGAGAAAAAGCUCUCUUCUGAACAAGUGCAAUAAGUUUUAUAACAACGCAGGUUGAAAUCUAUUUUAGAGAACAACUACAGCAGCUACAUUUAAAGAAAAGCUCGAAUUCGUACUUUCAAGAUUUCCUCGAGUUUGAAAGAAUACUCACAGAACCUUUUUUUCCUAAUCAACAGCUCCUCUGAAACACAAACACGAUGAGGCCGUUCCUUCAGAGCAGGUUGACCCCGUGUUUGAGGAGCCUGUGUCGGGCCUUGCUGGGCAGCGAGAACGCACUGUCCUGGUGGUUAGGGAUCCCAGAGUUCCUUACAGAUCCCCCGUGCUGCUGGAAGUAAGUCUCCUGGGCCACGCUGCGGGUUCCAUACACCGCAGCACCAGCACUCCUGCGGGGAAAAUGUCCCACGCAUUUACAUUUCAAGCACGUCGAACAAUGACGCAUGUGAAAGGAUGAAGAGCGAGUGAUGUGAGGAAGAAAUAAGACGAUACGACUGCUCUUCUUCUUUUUUAGUAAAUGACACACGUUGAAGUUUGAUCCGUGCACGUACAGAAACAGAAACUAACUCUGCAGAAAUGAGAUGAUAGAGAUGACAGAAACAAUCCCAACCCCCAACUUUUACUUGCAGAGCCAUGAAAAGGUUAAGACCCCUCCCCACACCCAACCCAUCAUGUCACUGCCAUACCGACCUGAUAAUAGCCUCCUGCAGAGUUUCAGUGUUAUAGAAAUGCGAGUGGAGCAGUGAUGUGGCUCUCACAAAGGGACGCUCCGGGGCUCCCCCUGGUCGACCAGACAGGUUGGCUGCAGAGGUACACAAUAACAGUAAGAGAGUCAGUACGUCAGCGGCCGGCGGCGGCGUGUUUACCUGGACGGACACGCCUGCUGCACAAAACAACAACACCGACCCCAGGCUUAGUAAUGAGCUGCAGAACAGCCAAAAUUCACAAACAGUUUCUUCCCCCUCACUGUCAGACUGCUAAAUCAAUAAUCCCCAGGGGGAAAUUACUCCAGUGCAAAUACAGUAAAAAGAGGAGAUAAAUAAUAGAUAUAAUAAGUAAAAAUAAGUAAAAAAUAUAGAGAUAAAUAGAUAAAAUAAGUAAACAUAUAGAGAUAAUUUACAAGUAUUUACACUAUAAACAACACAAAUAUCGUAUGCAUAAAUGUCAAAUGACCCCACAUAUAACUUCCCACUCACACCCUGCUGCACUGUGUUCCUGUUUUUACUAUUUAUUAUCUGUAAAUAAGAACAUAUAUCUAUUUAUAUAUACUUUUCUUUAUUUGGUUUUUAUUCCACUAUUACUCUACCUCCAGAAAGUGCGAUAUCACUCACCAUGCUGCUAUUUUACCUUUAGUUUUUACUGUUUUUAUUUUUUAAUGUAUAUUAAAUAAAACACCAUCAUGCUGUGAUAUGGAAGCCGAGCAGCGACGUUUCAUCGCAGAGAGAAAUUACUGCUUUGUUUUAUUCUGUGAACUGACAAAUAAAGAAAGUCGAAGUCUCUAAGUCCCAAUCCCAAACC